AUAUUGGCGGAUAUGGUUCGAAAGGAUAUUUUAAAACAAGUGAAUAAGUCAGGGCAAUUUGCUGUAAUAAUUGACACAACUACAGAUGUUUCUAAUCAAGAACAAUUUACUGUCAUUUUAAGAUACAUAGAUGAAGGAAAACCUCAAGAGCGUUUGGUAGCACUAGAAACUGCUUCUGAUUCUACUGGUCUAGGUAUGUUUAAAGUGUUUUGUAGCAUUACAGACAAAUACAAUAUCAACUGGAAAACACAGAUGAUUGCUCAAACAUAUGAUGGUGCUGCCUCUAUGCAAGGCAAAUACAGUGGAUUGAAAACACGUAUACAAGCGGAGAAUCCAAAAGCAAUGUUUACUUGGUGUUUUGCCCACAAACUAAAUUUAGUUAUAGUUGAUACUUGUGAUUGCUGCAUUAAUACCAAAACUUUUUUCGGUAAUGUUGGCGCUUUAAUUGAAUUUAUGAGAGCUAGAAAACGGACGGCUGCCUUUGUAGAAUCUCAAGAAAUAUUAAAUCCGAGAGAACAAAAGCGUCGCAUCAAACGUUUUUCCAUUACUAGAUGGACAUCCCAUGAUCGAGCUUUGGUUGUCAUUCAAGAAAAGUACUCUGCUCUGCUGAAAGCAUUGGAAAAUAUUUCAAAAGCAAAUGAUUCAGAUCGUUAUACAACUUCAACAGCCAAAAACUUCAUUUCGGUUAUAACAUCAUUCCAAUUUAUCUUAGUUUUGGUUCUGAUGAGAAGAAUAUUUUCGGUUUCCACUGAAGUUUCAAACUAUUUGCAAUCAAAAUCUAUUGAUUUCAUGCAAGCUAUCAAAAUGGUGAAUAUUGCUAAGAAUAGAUUGAAAAUUUUGCGUACUGAUGAAGGAUGUACUGAAAUAAUUAAUACUGCUAAAGAAUUUGCUACUAAAAACAGUCUUUCCCAAUGUGACUUCAAAAUGGUAAGAGCAAGAAAGAAGAAAAUAAUGCCUGGUGAACUAUCCAGAGAUGAAGUGCUACAAUCUCCUACUGAUUUAUUUCGCUGUGACGUUUGUUUUAAAGUUUUAGAUGCUAUUAUUACAUCAAUUGACACAAGAUUUAAUGAUUCUCAAGAAAUUCUUAAAGAUUUAAGCCUGCUUACUCCGGAACGUAUGUUAUCCAUUAAAACUAAAAGUGAAUUGCCCAGUAGCGCGUUUGAACAAUUAUCGAAUUGGAUAGACAUUGAUACUAAUAAAUUACAAUCUGAAUAUUUAACAUUUAGCAACAGCUUAAAUGAUCUUUUUAAUGACAAUUAUUCAACAACAACAAGUAUAUACAAUGACAAAAAUAAUGACAGGACUGAUCAACCAGAUUUUAGUUCAUAAAUAAGUGAUGAUUCUGAAAUUGAAGAAGUCAGUACAACAAAAAUGUCUAGCUUAGACAUUUUGGGUUUAUUAUCAAGUCACAACUUAAUAGCAGCCUUUCCAAAUUUGUACUUGGCAUAUAAAGCGUUGUGCAUCAUACCUGCAUCAUCCGCAUCUGCUGAACGCAGCUUUUCUAAGGUAAAACUAGUUAAAUCUAGGCUUAGAUCAACCAUUGGGCAGAAUCGGUUGGAAAGUUUACUUAUAUUAAGCUGUGAAAGAGAUAUUGAAAUUGAUCGUAAUGAAGCAAUUGACAUAUUUGCAAAGUCCUCCGAUCUCUUGAUGCAGAAUUUAUUGUUUAAAUAAAAUAUUAAGUGAUAUUUUAAUUAUUGUAAUUUGUGCUACUUAACCCUAUUAAACACCAAAGUGAUCUUUUAAAAAAUAUUAUCUCAUUUAAUGUUAUUUUGAUUAAUCUUAUAACAUGGUUUUGAAAUUGCCUGAUAGAGGCAAUUUCCCCACAAACCCAUAAAUGUAAUGUUUUUAUAGGCCAAUUUUUAAGAGAGAGAAUACAAACCUAGUGUUUAAUGUUCAAUAAUAGGUCAUGGGCUCUUAGGUGGGUGGGUGGGUGGUUAUCGAAGAAUAUACUUGCCUCUGAAA